CAGUGGGUGUGCACUGCCCGGUCGGAGGCCCCGCUCUCAGGGCUCACUCACUGACGCUCAUAAAUGGCACGAGGGAGGUCCAGGGCUGCCCUCUGCACGACAUGGAGACGCAAGUCUGCGAGGCUCCCGAGGGCUCGGCUUGGACCACGAUGGGGCUGGGCUGCGGCCUCCUAAGGGGGCUCUUGUCUGGGGCGGUGGCUGGGGGUUGCCCUCCCCCCUGCCCGCGUCUCAGAGCACCCCCACCCCUCCCCUGCCACGCGAGGCCCACCCUGGGGCCCGGUGCCCGCCAUGAACGGCCUGUCAGUGAGCGAGCUCUGCUGCCUUUUCUGCUGCCCGCCCUGCCCCGGCCGCAUCGCUGCCAAGCUCGCCUUCCUGCCGCCAGAGCCUACCUACUCGCUGGUGCCCGAGCCUGAGCCGGGGCCUGGCGGAGCCGGGGCCGCCCCUUCGGGGACUCUGCGGGCCUCUGCCGGCACCCCUGGGCGCUGGAAGCUCCACCUGAUGGAGCGUGCGGAUUUCCAGUAUGGCCAGCGCGAGCUGGACACCAUUGAGGUCUUCCUGACCAAGAGCAGCCGGGGCAACCGCAUCUCCUGCAUGUACGUGCGCUGUGUGCCCAGCGCCAGGUACACGGUUCUCUUCUCCCACGGCAACGCAGUGGACCUGGGCCAGAUGAGCAGCUUCUACGUCGGCCUGGGCUCGCGCAUCAACUGCAACAUCUUCUCCUACGACUACUCGGGCUACGGCGCCAGCUCGGGCAAGCCCUCCGAGAAGAACCUGUAUGCCGACAUCGACGCUGCCUGGCAGGCGCUGCGCACCCGGUACGGCAUCAGCCCGGACAGCAUCAUCCUGUACGGGCAGAGCAUCGGCACGGUGCCCACCGUGGACCUGGCCUCUCGCUACGAGUGCGCUGCCGUGGUGCUGCACUCUCCGCUCACCUCGGGCAUGCGCGUUGCCUUCCCUGACACCAAGAAGACCUACUGCUUCGAUGCGUUCCCCAACAUCGAGAAGGUGUCCAAGAUCACGUCACCGGUGCUCAUCAUCCACGGCACGGAGGACGAAGUGAUCGACUUCUCCCACGGGCUGGCACUCUAUGAGCGCUGCCCCAAGGCCGUGGAGCCGCUGUGGGUGGAGGGCGCUGGGCACAACGACAUCGAGCUGUACAGCCAGUACUUGGAGCGCCUGCGCCGCUUCAUCGCCCAGGAGCUGCCCAGCCAGCGCGCCUAGCCUGGCCCCGAGCCGUGCGGGGACUUCAGCAAUAAGGCGGUGCCUGGACCUUGCCCCCGCCUCGGGCCGGGGGCUGCAUGUGAACCCCCCACCCCGGCACCCCAGUGCUCCAAGGCAGCUGGAGGGUAGGGGGCCGGGGCCGGGGCCGUGGACGAUGUACAGGCUCAGAGCUACGCUCUCCUUUCCUUUUGGAAGCAAAAAGAAGGAAAAACGUGAAAACAAAUUAAAGAUUUAAAAUUUUA